GGCGGGGCAGGCUGCGGCAGCGGGCGGGGCGGGCCGGGCCGGGCGGGGCGGUGGCGGCACCACCACCAUGUCGGAGGCGGCGGUGGCGGACACCCGGCGCCUGAACGCCAAGCCGCAGGACCUGACGGACGCGUACGGGCCGCCCAGCAACUUCCUCGAGAUCGACAUCUUCAACCCGCAGACCGUGGGCAUGGGCCGCGCCAGAUACACCAGCUACGAGCUCCGGAUGCGGACAAACCUCCCGAUCUUCAAAUUGAAGGAGUCGUGUGUGAGGAGACGAUACAGUGACUUUGAAUGGCUGAAGAAUGAGCUGGAACGAGACAGUAAGAUUGUAGUGCCACCACUGCCUGGAAAAGCCUUGAAACGACAGCUUCCCUUCCGAGGAGACGAAGGCAUCUUUGAGGAGUCCUUCAUUGAGGAGCGGAGACAGGGACUAGAACAGUUUAUUAACAAAAUUGCUGGACACCCACUGGCACAGAACGAGCGCUGCUUACAUAUGUUCCUGCAAGAGGAGACUAUUGAUAGGAAUUACGUCCCAGGGAAAGUGCGCCAGUAGGAGCACCUGGCACUGUCUUCCUCCAUUCCACCCUCCCUCCUGCAAAAAUGACAUUUAUUUUUACACUAAAUCUGUCUUCUCUGAACCAGCUUUUCCUCUCUUGAACCUCCCAGUUUGUUCAGUAUUUUCCUGUUUUGUAACUGGCAGCAGCUUGUUCUACUAGGCUGUGGUCUUGGCCUAAAGGUAUGAAGAUUUAUGCAAGUGAGCAUGUUAUCCCACACCUAGGGGCAGAUGUGAAUAGGUGUGGAGCAGGAAAUUGCUUAUGGCGUUAUGGUGUAGGAGCUGCCUCUCUCCCUGUACAGGAAGGUAUGAGAUGACCUUCAGUCCCCUGUCUGUGCAGCCCCAAGAAUCUCUGCAGGAGACUCUGAAGAAUAGCAGUUGUCAUGUUGGUCAGUGAUCGCAUCAGGUAUUAGCGUUUUAGUAAGGCUUAUCCAAAACAGUGAGUAGGUGCCUGGGUGUGUUGGUCUCUCGUCCACCCCAUUCACCCUGCAUGAAACCCCCAUUCUUCACUGUCUGGAAGUGCUGAGACCCAAGACCUACUCUAACCCUGCUCUCGGCCUCCUGCAUUACAGACCCGUUUGGUGUAUUCGUGUUAAUCCCCCUCCUUUUUGACAUGCUGCUGGCAGCUCGAGGGGUUUCCAUGACGUGUGCUCUCAUGAUGCUCUGUGUGGGCAGUUUGGCGUGUGGAAGCUGGGAUAGCCUGGGCUGUAGCAGUGUGUGCUGCGAUGGCCUUGGCCCAGGGUUUAAAAAACGCCACAGCUUGCUCUGCUGCGGGCUGGUGUGGUGGUGUUUCCAGCAGCACCCUGCUCAGCUGAGCCAUGGUGACCUUAUCCUGCGCCCCAGCUGCAGAGGGGAGGAGAUGGGUCUGGCUGAGGAGGAGCAGGAGAGGACUGGUGGGGGCUGUUGUAGUGUGUGGCCAUGAUAGCUGCCACAGGAGGAGCCCAGCAGUGGGGCCUGGGGUGAGGCUACCUCUUCAGAAAGGGACAGCAGAAUAUGGUUGGUCAGUCCUGGGUUAGACAUUUGCUUAUGAAGCAGGAGAAGUAACAAUGGCUUUUUGUGUGUUCUCCCCUGUUCUGCGGUGAGCUAGGCAGUUACUUGUGUGGAAGCGAGGACACAAGACUGGUCAGGGAAGCGUCCAGAGCUUGAGGGUGACCACGAGGCUGUGACUUGCUGCAGCAGGACUGUCCUUUGGAUGCUCCUCCAGCCGCCACAGCUGCGAUGAGCGAGGUUGGGCCUUAGCUGGGGGGCUCCUCAGGUCAAAGCUGGCUGGUUUAUAAGCGCUUGGUCACUUUGUGGUGGCACAGUUGAGCCUUUCUUGGAGCAUAGGCCUGCGGUGACUGCCCUCCCGUUCCUGCCAAGCACGUCCCCCAAGGGCUCCCUAACGUCUCCUGGGUUUUCUGGUGAGGAACUGGCACUGCUGGGUAAGAAGGAGGUGGCUCUCGGGGAGGAGGAGAAGUCGCUGAAACCAGGAGGGAACUGCUCUGGGGGCCGGCUCGGCCCAGGAAGGGCUUGUGGGGCAGCGCGGAGGCUGGUGCCGGUGGAGGCGGCUGUGCCUGCAGCGGGGCUCAGCCCGUGUCCCCCGCCGCUGCCGGCUCCCGCUUGGGGCGGCCCCUUCCUCCUGCCUGUCCUGCCGCGGGGCUGCCAGCCACCCAGCUGUCUCCACCCUGUCCAGUGUAACGUCCCGGUUCCGUUCGCAUUAAACCACUGUGAAGCCGA